AUGCCACGUGGCCGUCCUCCUAAGUAUCCAAAAAGGAGCUUGACGCCAGAGCCUCCAAUCACGCCAAAGUCUCGAAGAAGCGGUCGCGCCAGUCGAAAUGAUACCUCUUUGGUGGACUCAUCCUUUAUCGACGAAGACAUAGCUGACGAACCCAAGAAGAAGAGAAAGUCAGAGGACGACGAAGAUGACGAAUACACCGGUGAAGAGGAAGGUGAUGAGGGGGCUGAUAAAGAAGGAGAUGACGAUGUGGAAGGAGAAGUGGAUGAGGACGGAGAAGGUGAGGAAGAAGAGGAAGAGGAAGAUGAAGAAGGUGAUGGAGAGGGCGAAGUUGAAGGAGACGACACUGGAGCCGAAGCAGAGGGCCUGACUCCCGCAAUUAAUGGAGAGGAUAAGAAAAAGAAACCACUUCCUAAGAAGAGAGGCAGAAAGAAGAUCAAGUUAACAGAGGUUGAUGACGGUUUUGUAGAUGACGAAGGAAACCAGCUUAACGUUGUAGAUGAUGAAAUUGUCAUGGAUAAUGAGGAUCCAAAGGGUCAAGAAAAGGUUGACAAGAACGGGAACCUUAUUGGAGACAGAGUCUACAGAAUGAAGACGUUUACCCUUCUAGGACAUGGUGAGCAAUUGUACAUGGUGUCGACGGAACCAGCCAGAUUGGUUGGAUUUCGUGAUUCUUAUCUCUUGUUCAAGACCCACAAAUGGUUGUUCAAGAAAGUUUGCACGCAUGAAGAAAAGAUGGACUUGAUCAAUAGGCAUAUUAUUCCUAACUCGUACAAAGGUAGACUGGUCAACUUGGUGACGGCUAGAUCCAUAUUCAGAGAAUUUGGGGCCAGAAUAAUUAAGGAUGGUCGUAAGAUCACCGAUGAUUUCUGGGAGCAGAGGGCUAGGGAUAGAGGUGACGUCGAAGGUGAAUAUGCUGACCCUGCAGAACUUUACAUGACCAAGUAUAUGACUAGUGGUCUUGGGCUUGGAGGUGCAAACCAGGAUAAUGGUGGUAGUGGUACCCCUCCAGUAGCAAACUCGGCUGCAUUAGCCUCCAGUGCCUUAGUUAAAUAUCAAACCGACCAAACUUGGAUGUACCAGAUCGUAAUGCAAACAUUGGGAUAUAAUAGAAGAUUACAAGACGACAGAUCUCUUGGAUUCCGUGGUAUCAAGGACACCUACACGGGAUUGAACUUCUACCCACAAACAACACAGUCUACGACAGCUAUCCACAAAAAAGUGAGUGAAGAACCAAAGGAGAAAAUCAUAUCUGAUGUUGUCUACUACAACCAAGAUAUAAGGAAGAGAGCAACAGGUUUAAAAGAUGUUCCUUUAGAGAUUUUUGAUGAUUUAGAUGAUCCAGAAAUUAAGAAAGCAAUCUUGGAACAACAAGCCUACGAAAGAGGAUAUAAGCCUGUUUGA